UCGCGCUGGAAAAUAGGUCACGGUGUAGGCCUCACGAUCGAUGCUUUUGGGUUUUUGUGUGCUCACACUCGUUUGUGGGCGCAUAUGAAUAGCCAUGUUUUCACCACUGUAAAAAAGACCCUAGUAGUUUUGCACCCUUGUAAACAAAGAAAUUGUAUGGGCCAGUUUUCUCAGUGGGCACUUGAGAACACUACUUCAUUAUGGGACGCUGGUGAUUGCGAACUUAUCCAUUCGACACACACUUCGACCAGGUCACGGAAACAUGAGACAUGGACCGACGUGGAGUCUCGUACUGACCGCCAUGAUGACGAGCCUCGGAUCCUCGUUUCUCAUUGGCUACAACUUCGCCGUUCUGAAUCUACCAGCACUGCAUGUUCAACAGUUUCUCAGUGCUACUGUUCUCAAGCCGACGAGAAAUCGAACCGUAGAGGGCUUCAUUGAUCCGGAAUUUCUGUACGCCCAGGUUGGUACCACCUACGUUGUCGCUGGUGCACUCGGCGCUCUUGCUUCUGGAUGGAUAGCGGAAGUCCUAGGAAGACGAAACGGGCUCAUAGUCAACCAUGCUUUUGCCAUCCUGGGAAGCCUCUUGUGUGCGCCGUGCGUAUACGCCAGUCAGGCGGCCUUGCUAUUUGUUGGCCGCUUCUUCAUUGGUCUCAAUUGUGGCAUCACAACGGGUAUCGCACCGAUGUAUCUGGCCGAAGUUUCACCUCGCGAACUCCGUGGGGUAGUUGGAGCGUGUUAUCAUCUGGGCAUCACUCUGGGCAACGUGAUCGCCUAUGCGGUCACUUUGACCAGCACACUGAACACGAAUGAAUUGUGGCCCAUCGCAUGCGGAUUGUGUGUUAUACCGGCGACAAUCUCCCUCCUCAUUCUGCCAUUCUGCCCAGAGAGUCCGCGUUUCCUGUUUAUAAAGAAAGGUGAUGAGAUUGCAGCGCAAACUGCUUCCCGUCGUCUUAACGCCAAAGAGGACGUUGAAGAGCUUAUCAGUGAAUUAAGGGAAGAAAUGGUGAACGUCAAAAGCCAACCUCAGUUCAAGUUCACACAGCUAUUCGUCCGCAAGGAUCUCCGCAUGCCGAUGUUGCUUGCCUGCCUAGUAGUAUUGCAACAACAACUCUCUGGUAUACAUGCGGUCGUCAGCUACUCAUCCACCAUGCUCAAAAUCACAGGUAUUGCGGAUCAACAUAUUCAAUACUGUGUGCUAGCAAUCGGUCUGCUGAAUGUGGGAGCAACAAUAAUAGCGCUGAUGUUACUGGAACAGGCCGGACGCCGAACGCUCCUCCUCUGGCCUACGGUUGUUCUCGCCUUGACCCUUUUUCUCAUGAUUGUCACAGUGAAUGUGGCCUCGGAUGCAACUGACGCGCUACGACGAUCGAUGGGAAUCGCCUCAGCUGUCCUCAUGUUCAUCUACGUCGGGGCAUACGCCUUGGGUUUGGGCCCCGUUGCCGCUUUGAUUGUGUCCGAAGUAUUCCGCCAGGGACCUCGCGCAGCAGCCUAUUCACUGAGUCAGUGCUUGAUGUGGCUCUCAAAUUUAUUGGUCUUGGGCACUUAUCCAAGCAUUGUUAAAGCGAUCAAAGGCUAUUCCUUUUUGCCAUUUCUGGUAGUGGUGGUGGCCUGUUGGGUGUUCUUCGUCUUGUACAUGCCGGAGACACGUAACCGCAAAUUCGACGAAGUCGCUCAUGAUUUGGCCCACAAACGAAUGGUUAUUGGGAGAUCCACACUCAUACCGAAAGGCCCUUCACCAAUUGAGUUGAGCCAAGAGGAUAAAACGUAGGUGAGCAUCGAUCGAGCCUUCAUGACGAGAUGAGUUUACAGUGGACUGUACCACUCUACGAAGGUUUGGAUACGUGGACGAACCAAGGUUAAUUGGUGGUGGUGCUUCUAACAGUCCGUUGCGAUAAACCAGUUUAUGCUCUUAUAUUCAUAACCUGCUUCCUAUCUGCCUAUGUUGUUCUGGUGGUGUGCAUAGAGCUGUCAUUUGUAGUAAUCUUCUGACCCCACCCAAUUUCUACGGCAAAUGUCCCCCAAAACCAUUCACAAAAUUUUGUUGCCAAUGCACUUUGCUAUACCUUCGGGUCUUGCACAUAGUUUAACAGAUUAUCCACUCCAAGUAUGGUUGAAUGAAGCAUUUCACUGGGUGCCAAUAAACCAUGUUUUACUUGUUA